AAAAUGAUUGGUAAAAUCUGACAUGAUUUAAAUCUUAAAUUUGCAUCGUAGUAUUGUAUAAUAUAAAUAGAGAAUAAAUGUUGGGAAGAAAGACAAUGGUGGUUUGCGGUGCGACUUAGAAGAAUGGCUCUCCUCGGAUCAAACAUAGCAAGCGAGGUUGGACUCCGUUUACUCCUUUCUCCUCUUGGUUCCCACGUUGUAAUUCGAACCGCAUGCUGUUCUGUGGGGAUUGGUUUGCCUGUGUACUCUACAUUCAAGGCAAUUGAAAGUAAAAAUCAAGAUGCUCAACAAAGGUGUCUUAUCUACUGGGCAGCCUACGGCUCAUUCAGUCUUGUAGAAGUAUUCACGGACAAGCUUAUUUCCUGGGUUCCCAUGUACUAUCACUUGAAGUUUGCAUUUCUUGUUUGGCUUCAACUUCCACCUACCAAUGGAGCAAAACAGUUAUACACGAACCACCUACGUCCCUUCUUGUUGAAGCAUCAAGAGAAUGUUGAUCGCGUUUUAGGCCUUGCAUAUUGUGAAGUGAUCAAACUCGUCAAUUCAUAUCAAAAAGAGAUCCAGUCAGUCAGGAGUAUAGUAGGAAAGAUAACUGAAUCAGCUGAUCAUUUGCUGAGAAGCCCACCUGCAUCAGAUAGAAAGUCACAAGGUGGUUCAGAGGAUCAUGUGGCGCCUUCUCACGCCGAGCCUGACCAAAACAAUAGCUAAUCAACCAGAAGGGUUCGGUGCACCGAGACUCAUGAGUCGAUGAGCGUUGUCCCCAACAGUUCCUGUUAGACUUAAAAUAACAGAUACUAGACUUACAUCUAUUAGUCUUUUCUAAAAUAUUGAAACUCGUUGUCACCCAAAAAACUUGAAGCUUUCUCUUGAUUAGGAUAUAUAGUAGAUAAAUUUUAUGAGGUUUGCUGCUUUUUGCAAAAACUGGAAGCUGUCAAUAUUAUAUUUUGUUGAUACAUUUACUAAACACUCCACAUGUCUCUAA